AUGGAUAUCAAGGAAAAGUCAGCUCUGUACACCUUUGCCCUUGGCAUCUUGAUCCAUAUACUUUACUUUCGUAUGGGCGAGCAUCAUCUAUAUCCAGCUAGGUACCUUUACGGCUACUUCGGAUCAUUCAUCGGUAUCGCAGCCUUUCUCUACCACGCGGAAGAAUUCCCUGUCAACUUGGCGAUUUCCAAAUCCUUGUACCUGAUAUUCACCCAUUUACUUGGUCUAUACAGCAGCCUCGUGCUAUACCGUCUCAUAUUCCAUCCACUUCGGCGAUUUCCGGGACCUUUUUUAUCAAGGGUUUCAGUGUUCUGGUUAUCGGCCCAACUUCGCCACAAGACUCUCUAUCGCAAACUUGCCGACUUCCACAAUGAAUACGGUGACUUUGUCCGGGUAGGGCCAUCCGAUCUCUCAAUCGUCCACCCUAAAGCCGUCAAUGCCAUCUACGGCUUCAAAUCUACGUGUACUAAGAGUGAAUGGUACGAUGUCUCCGCACCGCUGAGGUCACUUCACGCGCACCGCAAUAGGGCUGACCACGACAAACAUCGCCGUACCUGGAACCCAGGGUUUACUGACCGUGCCCUGCAUGGAUAUGAGAAGCGGAUACAAGUAUAUAGACAGAAGCUCAUCGACCAUAUCAAAUCGACGGAAGAUGACAAGCCCGUAAAUGUUGGCACGUUGUUCACCUGGUAUGGCUAUGAUGUGAUGGGCGACCUAGCAUUCGGCCAAAGUUUCGACAUGUUGGGGAAAAGUGCAUCCCAUUGGGCCAUUUUGAUGAUACACGAUAUGCUCAAGCCGGUGGAGUACCUGAUGCCAAUAUGGUUCUUCCGACUAGUGUUAUCCAUUCCGGGCACCACCAAGGCAUUCUGGAAGUUCAACGAAUACUGGGGCCAACUCUUCAAGAUGAGGAUGGCGACGAAACAAGAAAUACCUGAUAUAAGUGCGUGUCUGCUGGAACCGCUGAAAGGACGGGCACCAACACCUGACGAGUUUAAUGUGCUGCUCGGAGAUGCGUCUUUGAUUAUCAAUGCAGGAGGGGACACUACGGCGACGACUUUGACGACAAUCAUAUAUGAAUUGGCCCGUCGUCCAGAAGAGGUCCAGAAACUCCGAACCGAGUUAAUGGGCUGUACCACUGACCCGAACGGAGAAUACACUCAGGAAAGUCUCGCAAUCCUGAAACAUCUAAAUGCUGUUAUCAACGAGACACUCCGCAUACACUCUCCAGUUCCGAGCUAUCUCCCACGGAAGACGCCGCCGGAGGGAAUUAACAUCGGUGGCACGCAUGUGCCAGGGAACAUGCAUGUAUCCUGCCCGCAGUGGGUCAUUGGUCGAUCCGAGAGUGUCUAUCAAAAUGCCCAGGACUUUAUCCCUGAGCGAUGGUACCUGUAUCCAAAAAUGAUCAAAGAGAGAUCAGCCUUCGCCCCGUUUACAACAGGUCCUUACACCUGCAUUGGCAAGCCCCUAGCCUUAUGA